AUGGAAAACGAUAUUAGUAAUAUUAAUGAAGCAACAAAUGUUAUUAGAAAACGACAGAAAAAAAGUAAUGAUGAUGGAAAUGAUCGAAAAUGGGAACCUCCUCAUUGGAAGGAACAUUGGAAUAAUAUUUUAGCGAUGCGAAUAACAAAUAAACAUUUAGAACCUCGUGGUUGUGAUACUAUUGGUGAAACAAUUACUGAUGAAAAAGUUCGUCGUUUACAUAUUCUUGUUAGUUUAAUGCUAUCUAGUCAAACAAAAGAUACAAUGACAGUUGCAGCUAUGGAUCGUUUACUUGAACGUGGAUUUACUGUUCAAUAUGCACUUGAUAUUGAUGCUGAUGAGUUAGGAAAAAUUAUUUAUCCAGUUGGUUUUUGGCGACGUAAAGCUCAAUAUAUCAAAGAUACAUGUCAGAUAUUACGUGAUAAAUAUAAUGAUGAUAUUCCGAAUACAAUCGAAACUUUGUGUGCACUACCUGGUGUUGGUCCAAAAAUGGCUUAUUUAGGUAAAUUAUUAUAG